ACGUUAUUAUUCUUUUUUUCUUCUUCAUUUCACAACUCAUAGUUAUACACCAUAUCAUUUACAUCAGCAGCUGAGCAGCCAUGAAGUCUGCUCUGGACGGAAUUGCCGAUACCACCUUCAGAACCCUCACAACAGGACUUCAGUACCUGGGUUCCAAUGAUGCCAGCUAUGAUGACACCUCCAUUGACUAUAAUGUAGCCAAAACAAAAUUAUCUUUACAGAAGCCUCAGUCUGCCUCUCUCGGCAGCAACUCCCUCCCCGUACUAGGACCUGGAGACGAGGACCUUAUCUUCCAUGGCUUCCUUUCUAUUUUUCCAACCAAUGUCUCCGACUUACUGGGCAACGGGACUUCCGUGGGGGUAGAAGGCAGUGGCGUGGUCCAGUGUGGGGAGGACUCUAUGGACAUGGAGUGCUUCAUGAUCCUGACCCCCAACCAGCAGCUAGUGGUUGCCAUCCUGGCACUUACCCUGGGGACCUUCACGGUGCUGGAAAACCUCAUGGUCUUGUGUGUGAUCCUGCACUCCCGGUCCCUGCGCUGCCGGCCUUCCUACCACUUCAUAGGUAGCCUGGCUGUGGCCGACCUGCUGGGCAGCGUCAUCUUCGUCUACAGCUUCCUGGACUUCCAUGUGCUCCACAGGAAAGACAGCACCAAUGUUUUCUUGGUUAAGCUGGGCGGGGUCAUUGCCUCAUUCACAGCCUCUGUGGGCAGCCUGUUCCUCACCGCUAUAGACCGUUAUAUCUCUAUCCACAGGCCGAUGGCCUACAAACGCAUAGUCACCAAGACCAAGGCCAUCAUCGCCUUCUGUGUGAUGUGGGCCCUUUCCAUCAUUAUUGCGAUGCUUCCUCUGCUGGGCUGGAACUGCAAGCGCCUGAACUCUGUGUGCUCAGACAUAUUCCCUCUCAUAGAUAAAAAGUACCUGAUGUUCUGGAUUGGGGGGGCAAGCGCACUUGUCCUCUUCAUAAUCUACGCCUACAUGUACAUCCUUUGGAAGGCACACCAUCAUGCAGUGCGCAUGCUCAGCCGCAGCUCUCAGAAGAGUGUGGUGGUCUACACUGCAGACGGCACCAAGGUCCAGACAGUAAGACCAGAGCAGGCUCGCAUGGACAUCCGCCUGGCCAAGACCCUGGUGCUCAUCCUUGUGGUCCUUAUUAUCUGCUGGGGCCCUGUCCUGGCCAUCAUGGUGUAUGACCUGUUUUGGAAGAUGAACGACUUCAUAAAGACCGUUUUCGCCUUUUGUAGCAUGCUCUGUCUACUGAACUCCACCGUUAACCCUGUAAUCUAUGCUCUGAGGAGCAAAGACCUGCGCAGGGCUUUCCUUGGUACCUGCCGGGGGUCAGGCCAGCCUCUGGACAACAGCGCAGAGUCCGGGGAUGGCCAAAGCAGGAGUGUGAGAGGCUUAGCCAGCAAGGCCACAGCUGGCUGUGUAAAGACUACAGUGAAAGUAGCCAAAGUGAAUCUGUCUGUUUCUACUGAGACGUCAGCUGAGGCAGUCUGACCUUGUUGUGAGAUGAAUACUGUAGAACUGUGGGCCAUGCCCUGGGGAGACUUCUGUCCUCCAGCUUCCCCAAAAUAAAGCACUGCACUGUGAAAUGUGCCAAAACAAUGAACUGUAGAUUUAGUAACUCAUUGAGUAAGUUUAGAUUGAAGGAAACAGUCCAUGUGGAAAUACAAUGUUUAAAUUAGUUAAUUGUCUUAAUUGUAAAUAUAUUUAUGUUAAAAUAUGUUAGACAUUGUAAAAACUGUGAACUGUGCUGUGAAGUUUGUUACCUGUGAACCUGUUGUUGGACUUGACUGUACAUCAACUGCCAAGUGAGUGGUUUCUCUGAACAACAUCAUUUAGAAUUGUGAUGGUUUCAUUUUCUCAUAGUGAUAA